UCCUGACAUCGGCCUGACACUAACAAGACUUUUAGCGGUGCUUGGACGCUCUCUUUCCAAUCUAGCCCUAGAUAUUUCGGCACGAUUUGUACUCGUCUUUGCCUUUUACAGGUUGCAGCGGGUUGAAAAUAUUUGGUUCGGCAACAAGAAGCUUGUUCUACACAACCACAAAGAGCCCCCGACCGAGUUUCUUUCAACCCUUUGGCGAUCUUGACCGGGCCUAACGACCUUUUAAACUGGGCGACUCUUCAACUAAGGAAUUACCUGCUUCUCUAGGCAGAAGAAUCCCCAACCUAUGGCUCAGACAUCCCAGUAGAUCUCGAUUUCCUCUACCUUUCGAGAUCCUCUCGACUCUUCGGCUCUGGAACACGCUGUGCUCAGAAGGUGUCCUUCAUCCUGCUGAACCUAUUCCAGCUGCCCGAAGCAUUUCGACCUUCCCACUUCCCUGAAUCUGCGAAUUGCAAGCCACGAUGCCUGGAGGCGUGUGUGCCGUCCUCGACUAUGAGGUUGAGAUGAUGGCCGACUAUGUCUCUGAGAUGGCGACCCGAAUCGUUAUGCCUCGAAACUCGGUCAACGUAGCUUUUCGAAAAUUUGUGUCGCAGAUUCUCACCUCCACGAGGCUUCCAAGCACGACCAUUCUCCUUGGCAUGAAUUACCUCGCGAAGCGCGUCAAUAUGAUGCACGCCGAGGGUCAGAACAAUCAUAGUGAGGGUCAAAUCUGGCGUAUGCUCACCAUUGCUCUCCUCCUGGGAAGCAAGUUCCUCGACGACAACACCUUCCAGAACAAAUCUUGGUCGGAAGUGAGCGGGAUCUCUGUGCAGGAGCUCAACACUCUGGAAUAUGAGUGGCUGAGAGCGAUAUCGUGGUGCCUCUAUGUCAAUCUUGACGAGAGCAAGGAUUACAAUGCGUGGUUGGCAAACUGGAAACAGUGGCUCGACAACAAGAAGCGGCAGCAGGCCCAGGCGAGCCGCGAACGCUUGGCUGUCCUCGUUCCGCCCACGGAGACGGAACUUGCGCGGUCUCGGAAUCCCCAGGGCUACUCGACGUGGCAUCAGCAGCAAGUUGCCGAAUACGAGCGUCUCUCGAGCAUGAAACGCAACCAAGUGCCGACCCCCUCUUACCGACGAGGCGACCAAACCCAAAAUUCAUGGGGCUACCCGAUGGCUUGGCCAACGUCCGCUCCGUUGACGCCGCCGGAUUCUGGAUAUGGUACUCCAGAGUAUUCGAAUUCAGCCACAUCGGUCAAUACGCAAUACACGGAGUGGUUUGACCGAGCGAUUGUGAGCAACGGUAGCACAUCCAGACAAUUUCAGCAGCCCGCAACCUACAAUACUUUCCAGCACGCCGGCCACCAAUCCCGGAAUCCCUAUGGUGCUUUCUACAACUAUGGCCACAACAUUUGGGAGCAUCCAGGUGUCGCCGAUUGCAACUGCGCAAAUUGCGUUGCGGCACAGAACAAGGCGCCUUAUUUCGCUGGUCACACUUACGGACAGCCAGUUGUUGGUUGAGACGACACGCUUGCUGCUUAACAACAAGUGAAGCGGCGGUCCUCUCCCCAGCACUGUUUCUUUCAAGUGCCUUAGGGUCAUUACUCAAGUUUCCCACUGCAUCGUCUACCCCAGACGUCGUUUCUUUUUUUUCAGGACAUCGGAGAAUCUAUACAUUGCAUCCAGAUACCCCGACUGA